AUGCCGGGACCUUCAAUUGUUGUCGGGAUCGAUUUUGGCACGACGUUCAGCGGUGUUGCGUGGGCCCUCGAGGGCUCAAUUGACGACAUUGAAGUCCUGACUAGCUGGCCGGGGGCAGGGAACAGAACCUCCGUGAAAGUCCCCUCAACAAUCAUCUACAACGGAGAAGAUAUCCAAUGGGGCUACCAAAUCGGCCCAUUGAGCGAAGCCUGCCGCGGAAUCAAGCUUCUCCUCGACGAGGACCAAGAACCAUCCUACGCCUACGCACCCUCUCUAGCAUCCAAAGCUCUACUGGAAAAGCACGGGAAGAAUGCCGUGUAG